UCAAUCGCAGUCCAUACAUACUUCAACUAAACUCAUCCCCCCAUAUCUACAUUUCUCGAACCACACGCACUACCUUCACACCCGCCACAAUGUCCACAACAGGGGUCUUCUUCAUCCCCUCCAACCCGAACGCCUCCACAGCCCUCGCAACAAUCACAGAACGCCUCCACACAGCCCUCGCAGACAACCCCAUCCCCAUCGGCCGCUGGGCCCUCGAGCACAAGCUCAUGCGCGACACCCCCUCCUGCCUCCCCGCCUCAGCAUCGCAACACCGCCCCCAACACCCCCGCUACCUCCAAUUCCUCUCCCUCUCCUACUACCCGCACCACGGCUUCAUCUACACCUCGCAGCCAGAUGCAACCACCCAAACCAGCACAGCCAACACUCCCACUCCCACUCCCACCGCUCCAACGCCCACUCCCACUCCCCACCCCCAGCAGAGCCAACACCACCCCGACCCAACAAAGGGCGCCCCCCUCCCCGUAAUGACCACCCUCCCCCUCCCCUCAACAAGCACCCUCUUCAGCCACUUCGUCUACGCCUGCCAACCCUUCUGGUGCCACCGGCACACGGUCGCCGUCCCCGGCGGCACAGUCUACGACGUGGGCGACUUCCGCGUGCGCAUCGGCGACGUGCGCCAGACGCAGCCGACGGCCCGUGUGCGCGGCACCGUCGUCGAAAUCGAGUGGCGUGGGCCGUCGAUCGUGGCGACUGUUGUUGCGCGGACGUCGCCAUCACCCCCGGGGGUGUCCAUGGAAGAAGAAGAAGAUGCGGGGGAUGGGCUGGUCACGGCGGAGGAUAUACAGGACGGGGAUGUGGAGGCUGAGUAUCGCGCCUGUGCGGCGCUGAUUCGUGAGUUCUGGGCGAAGUUGGGGGUGGAAGGUGCUAGGGAGGCGAUUCUUGUGCCGGGCGUUGGGACGGAGGUCGUGGGGAGGUUGCAGCGGUGGAGGAAGGGCUUGAUGGCUGUUUCUGGGUUUAUGGAGAUAUUCCGGUUUAAUCGAUGAUUUUAUAUGAUCAUGAUGAUGGCGUUCACGCUUUUCCGGUAAUGAUUUUAUGUCGAUAAUUACGUGGCUGUAAUAGGUCGGGGUGGUACUAGUUUGUCUGCUACGAGUAUUCAUUGGGACAUGGGCUAAAACACAGUUCAAUCGGAAACGCAGGGAGGUGGCAAUAUGGACAUAGAUAGAUCAACAAACAAAACCCAGCUUGAAAACGGAGAUGACGUCCACGUCAUCGAGAGAUGAUCCAAACGAGA